AUGAACCAAAAAAUGGCAACUCUUAAGUUGCCUCCACAUGAAAAGGAUGUUGUUGAUGCUUUGAUUGAUUUGAAGAAUGAUCCUUACUGCUCAAUGGAUCUCAGUGCCGAACACAUCAAACCCUUGAUCAUGAAUAUGUUGUUGGCGGCAACAUACACUGUUUCGUCCGUGACAGUUUGGGCUAUGACAACGCUAAUGAAGAACCCAAGAGUGAUGAAAAAAGUACAAGAAGAGGUUCGAAAAGCAUAUGAAGGGAAGGGAUUUCUAGAGGAAGAAGAUGUUCAAAAGCUUCCAUGUCUCAAAGCAGUUAUAAAAGAAACAAUGAGAUUAUACCCAAUAUUGCCGAUACUUUUCCCAAGAGAAACCAUGAAAGAGAUCAAAAUCGAAGGGUACACAAAUCCUGAUAAGACAUUAGUGUACGUGAGCGCUUGGGCGAUUCAUAGAGAUCCAGAAACAUGGGAGAAUCCAGAAGAGUUUUAUCCAGAGAGAUUUCUAGGAAGUGAUAUAGAUUUCAAAGGACAAGAUUUCGAGCUGAUUCCCUUUGGUUCGGGACGAAGAAUUUGCCCCCGCUUAAACAUGGGGGUUGCUACUGUGGAGCUUUUCCUUAUUAAUCUUUUAUAUUUGUUUGAUUGGGAAAUGCCUGAAGAAGUAAAGAGAAUUGCAUGUGUGUGA